UUGAGCAUAAUGGCUAUGAGUUAGCCAGUAUAGCAAUGGAAACAGGAGCUCAAACGAUGGAACUGGCCGUCGGCUCGAAUUCUUUAACUACUGAAAAAGAUGAAGCCACAAAGGACAAAGUUUGGUGUCUGCAGCGGGUUGGAAAAGACCACGACUGGCUCCAGUUGUUUGAAAAUUCAGAGGUUACAGUUGGACGUGGCCUCAAUGUCACUCAUCAGAUACUGUCUGCAAGCUGUCCCCUGAUGAUAUCCAGGAACCACUGUGUGUUCAAACAGAAGGACGAUGGCCAGUGGACAGUGACUGAUUCUGGGAGUCUCAAUGGUGUGUGGGUGAAUGGGCAGCGGAUAUCUGCCAGAAAAGCCCACCUGCUGCAGCAGGGGGACGUUGUACGAUUUGGGGUGCCCCUGGACGGCAGCCCAGUGGAAUUUGAGUACAUCCUAGUUCACCGUCAUUUUGAAGACGUCAAGAGAUUUCUUUCAAAGGGUACCAGCGCUGAGACAAACUCCACCUCUACCUCUUCUUUCAAACCUAAAAAGACCAAGCGCAAAUUAAGUGCUGAUGAAAUGGAGCCUUGCACCAUCCUGGACUCCAAAUCCAAGUUAUACCGCAGCUCCGCCACUGACAAGUCCCACGCUCACCCCUGCCCCACAGCAGGGCAGACUGGUGACAGACUGGUUUCCAAGCCAUCCGAGGAAGCAGGACCCAGCCACAGGGUUACGAAUUCAAACAGCAGCAACGGUAGAGACCUGGCCACGUUUCAAAGGUACAACAAGAGCCUGCUUGAGCUGAAGGAGCACAUGGGCGACACGCAGAAGAAGGCGGCCGAGCUGGAGGCGAAACAGCGGCAGAAUCCGGGGUGCGAGCAGGAGAUGCAGAAGCUCCAGGCGCAGUUGGAGCUGUUACGAAGCCAGCUGCGUCAGCAGAGGGAGCAGGCGCUGCGACGUAUGGAGAGCCUAGAGAAGUCCUUCUGCGAGGAAGAGAGGCGGCUAGAGAUGGAGAAAGCCCAACAAAAUGAGGACGGUUUGAAGAAGCAGUUAGAAGAAGCAUUAAGAGAGCACCGGAAAGUGAUAGAGGAGCUAAAGCAUGCUAGGACAGGUUUUGAAGAGAUCCUUCAAGCAAAAGAUAAGGAGCUGGAGGUUACCAAGGAGGAGAAAGAGAAGGCCAGGGCUCAGAAGGAGGAAGUGGUGACACAGAUGACGGAGGUUCUUGAAAAUGAACUUCAGUGCAUCAUCUGUUCCGAGCUCUUCAUUGAGGCAGUGACUCUUAGCUGCGCCCAUAGUUUCUGCCAGCACUGUAUAGGUGAAUGGCGGCAGCGUAAGGAUGAGUGUCCCAUCUGCAGACAGGCCAUUCAGUCUCAGACUCGCUCUCUGGUGCUGGACAACUGCAUCGACCGCAUGGUGGAGAACCUCAGCGUGGACAUGAAGCACAGACGCCGGGCACUCAUAGCCCAGAGGAAAGUCCAGUCAAAAGCGCCGUCUCCAGCCGUGGUGGUGAUCCAUGACGACGAGAGUGACAACAGCAGUGAUCUAUCUAUGCUUUCCUACGACUCUCAGUCCAUGGAGUCGCCGGAGGAGAGCUGGGGCUCCUCUUCCUCUUCUCCGUCGUCCUCCUCCUCACCUCUGCUGAACUUCACUGAUGACAGCUCCUCUCUGUACAGCACUGAUGAUGAAGACUGACAACGUUGAUUUUUUUUUUUAAAAAAAAAGCCGCUUAUCGGCGGGUUUCUGUCACUUAAUGUAGUCAACGUAGUCAGUGUUUGUUGGUUGUACUUGGAGAGGAUCUAAGAAGCUAAAGAGUAAAGUAUUACCUGGGGUUUAUACCCCAGAAACUCAUAUGCACAUUUACAAUGGUCAUAUGUACAGUUUGUGGUUUUUUGUUUUUUUUUCUUUUUCUUAAACUUUUUUGUUGAUAGAUCAUUGUUACUGUUUGUCCUUUG